AUGAGUUCGCCAGUAGCAUUCGUUACUGGCGGAGGAAGCGGCAUAGGUCUUGCCGUAGCUGAGCACCUGAUACAAUUCUACGGCUACCGAGUUGCCAUUGCCGACAUCGUUGAAGAACGUGCCAAAGAACAGGCUGGCAGGUUAGGUGACAACUGUUGGGGCAUUCAUCUCGAUGUCUCGGACUACAACGCUCAAGCAAAUGCCUUCCUGAAGACCUGGGAAUGGGGAGGUUGUAGACUUGACCUGGUGUUUCUGAACGCUGGAAUUGGGGACUCCGACACGCUUUACAAAGACAGCGCUGUGGACCAACAGACCGGACUGCCAGCACCAAUCGAUCUUCGCGUCUUCGAUGUCAACGUGAACGCGGUCAUCCAAGGCAUUCAUCUAGCCCGACACUUCUUUUCGGAGAAAAACAACAAUACUGGAGGACGCAUCGUUGUCACGUCUAGUAUGCUUGGCCUGUACCCGAAUCACAGCAUUCCACUGUACACAGCAUCCAAGCACGCCUUGAUCGGUCUGGUUCGCUCACUGGCUCCCGUGUACAUCAAGGACAGCAUCACUAUCAAUGCUCUUUGCCCUGCGAUCGUCGAGACCAAUUUAAUGCCUGCGCAUAUCGCGGCCCUGUGGGAUCGGCAGCAGCUGACACCACUCAACACAGCAUUGAAGGCUGUGGACGCGAUAUUGGCGGACGAUAGGCUCAACGGGAACGCCAUUGAAUUGUCUCUGGAUGAGCUGGUCUUCAAACCGAAACAAGAAUACUCUACGCCGAACAUAAAGUUCAGCUGCCAACAACAUCUCUUGUGGGAACAGGUCGCUGCGCCGAACUUGCCGCGGGAGCCAGGCAAGAACAUAUAA